AUGGCAGACAGUGUCCUAGACCGGCUUUCAGCCCUGGACUCAAAUACGGUAUCAGACGCCCUUGAUUUUCUCAAUCUCCCUGGAGCCACAUACGGCAUCCUGCCUCUCUGGAAUUGCCCCAAGAUUGUUGGGCGUGCUAGCACAGUGAAAUUGUGUCCCAAGGUGGAGGGGACCACACCCACCACUCAUCUGAUCACUCCUGUAAUCGAGGCGACGACCACAGAUGAUCGCGUGCUUGUCAUCGCCGGGGGCGUGGAGGGUAUCUCAUCUUGGGGUGACAUUAUUGCCAAUGCUGCCCAAAUGAAGAAGAUCCGCGGCACCGUCAUCGACGGUUGGAGCCGAGAUAUCAACGGAAGUCGGGAUAUUGGCUAUCCUGUUUUUGGUCGUGGCAUCACAAUGAUUAGUGCACGCAACAGGAUGAUCCAGUUGGAGUCCGGAACGCGUGUGGAAAUGCGUGGCGUCGCAGUAGACCAGGACGAUUUUGUCAUCGCCGAUGAGUGUGGUACAGUUUUCGUGCCUGCUGGUCGUAUCGACGAAGUUCUGGAUCUUGGCGAGCGCAUCGACCGCCGCCAGAAUGCCAUGGUCAAGCAGGUUCGGGCGGGCUUCUCAGUAGCAGAGAUCAUGCACGACAAACAAUUCGAGGCCAUUGCAUCCUCGUCCAACUCUUCCGAAGCCGAGGCCAGAGGCAACCCCCGAAAGGCCGCCCCGGAAGAUCUAGAGCUAGUUAACCUGUUCGCCGACACUGAUACGCCCGCAGUUUCGGAUGCCCUUGAUAAGCUUGGCAUUUCUGGACAGGCUUUGAACAUCCUGCCACUGACGAACUAUAAAAGAACGAUAGUUGGUCCAGCAUUCACGGUGCGCUAUGUGCCGGCCAGCAGCCCACCCGGUAGUGUUGGUGAUUUCAUUGACGAUGUGGCUGUCGGUGAUAUCGUCGUGAUUGACAACGGUGGUCGUAAAGACUGUACCGUCUGGGGUGACAUUAUGACUCGGUACGCCGGUAUACGAGGCGUUGCCGGUACCGUUAUCGAUGGGGCAUGUCGUGACGUUGAUUCAAUCAUCAAGGAUGACUAUCCUAUCUUUACGGCGGGGAAUUGGAUGAGGACAGGCAAAGACCGAGUGCAAGUGGGAGGGAUCAAUGAGGCAGUCGGUGUCGGAAACGUGCGAGUGAGUCCUCGCGAUAUUGUGGUGGCCGAUGCCAAUGGCGUUGUAAUUGUGCCGCGUGACCGAGCCCGCGAGGUGGCUGCACUCACAAAUAGCAUUGAGAAGAGCGAACAAAGUAUCUUGGCACUUAUACAUGGAGGCUCUACGAUCGCCGAGGCGAGGGAAAAGCUUGGCUAUCACACUUUGCAGCGCAGGGCAUAG